GCGUACAGCGUAGAGCUGUACAUUAGCACAUUACGUUAAACAUUACGUCUUUAUUUCACAAGAAUUUAAUAAUAUUUGUCAUUUUAAUCGAGAGAUAAUAUCCAAGUUUUUGAAUAACUUAUAAGCAUGAUUGCGAAUACAGUUUAUCAUAAAUAAACGUAAAAAUAGUGUAAUCGUACAAGAUAUACACGAUGAAUAAAUUGGUGUUCUUAGUGUUGUUCAUUUGUUCAGUGACCUUUUUACAUUGUUGUGAUGCCGCUUCGAAUGUAAAUCGGGGAUACGUGUUCACAGCGCCAAAAAAAUUAUAUGCCGGUGAAAUCGAAACUGGAUGUUUAUCUUUGCAUAAUUUAGAAUUGCCUGCUCACGUUCAUCUUGAACUAGUGUUCUCUUUUUUGGAAGGACAAGAAGUGCUUGCCAGUACUAGUGCUGUUGUAAAAACAGGUACAGAAACAUGUUUGCAAUUAGCAGUACCUUCACCGAUUUACAGAACCGCAAUACUCCGAUUAAAAAUCAAAUUCGACAAAUACCCUGAUUACGUGAUAAAAUCGGAGACAGACGUAGAAAUAGAACAUGAUUCCUUGCUCACUUUUGUGGAAACUGAUAAACCAACUUAUAAGCCUGGCCAAGAUGUUAAGAUUAGGAUUCUUAUGCUUAUGCAUGAUUUGAAACCAUGGCAGAAAUCGAUUCCAGAAGUAUGGAUUGAAAAUCCAUCGUUUGUAAAGGUAAAGCAAUGGACAAAUGUAAGCACGGAGAAUGGAAUGGCACAGUUGACGUUUCCACUGUCACCGGAACCUAGCUUGGGAUCAUGGCACAUAAAAGUGAUGAAGAAGAAACCGUAUCCCAAUUUGAUUCACAGCACUACGUUCAAAGUGGAGAAAUAUGUUUUACCAAAAUUUCAAAUGACGAUCAAUUCGCCGCAAUACAUCCUUGCGAAUGUAGAGAAUGUGACUUGGAACAUCUGUGUCAAAUACAGCUAUGGUAAACCCGUGAAAGGUAAUCUAUUAUUAAAAUUAACUCCGCAAACACCAAGUUGGACAAGAUUACCCAAUCUUCCGGCAAUACGUUACGAGACUAAACUUGACAAAGGGGAUGGUUGCACCGAUUUUGUCCUUUCUGGAUCAGUUCUUGGAUUGGCCCAUUGGAAAAUGGAUCCGAACAAUAUUGUUCUCAUAGCUGAAUUCACGGAAGCUGGGACUGGUAUAGUGGAAACUACGAUUAGUAGAACCGUGGUGUUACACGAAGCGUUGAAGUUAGAAUACGAACAUUAUACACCUAAAUACUUCAAGUUUGGUUUACCUUAUCAUGGAAAAUUACGAGUAUUGCGAUACGACGAUACACCUGCUCCAAAUGAAAAAAUUCAAAUUUGUCUAAAAGUACGUGGAAAAAUCGAAUGGGAGAAAGAUGUGGUAGAUUGCCGUGACUUUAGAUCCUCCACCGAUGGUUUUGUCGAUUUUGUCGUACCACCGCAACAUAAAAAUAUCGUUUUAUUAAGUUUUGUCGCAACAGCUGUUGAUUAUCCAACGACGUAUUACUCACCAGAACAACGUUGGAGAGUUUUUAUGAAUCAACCUUCAACAUCUAUCACUGUAAACCCUUGGUAUUCACCGUCUGAUAGUUAUUUAACAGUAGCUCGAGGAAACCAACCGAUCGUUUGUGGUGAAAAGUAUUCUUUCAAUGUUAUGUACACGACAUCCUCUAAUAUGAACGAAACCAUUUCUUUCCAUUAUUCGAUUAAUUCCAAAGGAAGUAUUCUGAUAUAUGGACACGUAAAGCACAAACCCAAUCGAGAUACAAUAUUAAAUUAUUUCGAGUUUCAUAAUUUAUUGGGCACCAUCGAAUCUUCUGCUAACAAGACGAACAAAGAAGCUAUAGUACACAGAUUCCCGUUAAGUGUUAAAGUUACACCAAGCAUGGCUCCAGUUUCAGAAUUGUUACUUUAUUACGUACGAUCAGAUGGUGAAAUUGUUGCAACCACUUAUACAAUUGAGGUUGGCCAUUGCUUUGAGAAUAAAGUGAAAUCUACAUGGCAUACUGAUGCACAAAUACCAGGAUCACCCACUCAAUAUCACGUUGAAGCAGCUCCUAGAUCUCUUUGUGCAAUUUCUGCUGUAGAUAAAUCGACUCUGUUCUUGAGCAAAUCAGAAUCCAAUCUAAUGAGUUCUACUCAAACAUUUGAUGCAUUGAAAAGAUUCCAUCCAACUCCAAAAUUUUAUUUUCCAUGGGAGAAUUCUCGUUGUAAAUCAGCAAUUGGUCCGGAAGAAAUGAAAGAAGAGAUCAAUCAUCUUCCACAAUUUCUAAGAUCGAAAAGACAAACGAUAACGUACAGCAAAAGAGUUAAUUACGUGGAUGCUGUACAAGCUUUCGUUGACUUUGGAGUAAUAGUAAUGAGCGAUCUCGUGUUGGAAACACGACCAUGCCCAUGGUUGUUCAUGGAAUACACAGCAUUGUCCCGUCAAUAUAUUUCAACGAAUGAAUAUAUGUCAAUGAAGGAUAAUUCCGAAUUCGCAGUUGCUGCUGCAGCGAUGGAUUCAGGGAUAGGAUAUGUUGAUCAAAAUCAGGCUCAAAUGGCUACACUUAGAUCAUAUUUUCCUGAAACAUGGUUAUGGGAAUUAGUACCUAUCGGAGAAGAAGGUAAAAUCACAAUAGAACGUACACUUCCACAUACUAUCACUGAUUGGGUUGGCUAUACAACAUGUAUUUCCCCGACGCACGGACUUGGAAUAGCACCACCAACCACUAUAACAGCGUUCCAGUCAUUUUUCCUUGAUUAUAAUUUACCUUACAGUAUAAAACGCGGCGAAAUUAUGCGUUUUAAAGUAUCUCUUUUCAACUACAUGCAUCAUAGCUUACCUGUAAAAAUCAAACUGGAAGAAAUGGAAAAAAUUGAUUUGCAUUUGUCAGAGCCUACAGCCUCGUUUUGUGUAAAACCACGAGAUAAUAUUGUUCACGAGUAUAUUCUGAAACCACGAGUGAUCGGAGAAGUUAACAUAACGGUCACCGCUUUUGUGGACAUUGAUUAUCCCGAACCAUGCGGAUCAGAGACUGUGAUAUUUACACAGGACGUAAUCGUGAAACCGAUUCUAAUUCUACCUGAAGGUUUUCCUGUGGAAGAAACGAAAUCAGCUUUGAUUUGUCCUAAAGAUUCUAGCGAUGAUUCUUCGUUCAUGUGGGAAUUAACGUUACCUAAGGACGCUGUACCAGAUAGCGGAAGAGCAUAUUUAAAUUUGAUAGGAGACAUUUUAGGUCCAGCACUUGAAAAUUUAGAUAAACUUAUAAAAUUACCGAAAGGUUGUGGUGAACAAAAUAUGAUAUUAUUUGUUCCAAAUAAUCACGUGAUUAAAUAUCUUGAUGCGAUGAGAAUCAAUAAACCUGAUCUUCGAGCGAAAGCUAUUAGAAACAUGGAAAAAGGAUAUCAGAGAGAGCUAAAAUAUAGAUUCAUGGAUGGUUCUUAUUCCGCAUUUGAAGAAGGUGAGAGCUCCAUAUGGUUGACUGCAUUCGUAUUAAAGUCAUUUGCACAAGCUGCAAGUUUAAUUCAUAUCGACAAAUAUGUUCUUGAAUCAUCUGUUUCUUGGAUCACGAUGAAUCAGUUGGAAGAUGGUUGCUUUCCUGUAAUAGGCACGGUUUUCCAUAAAUCGAUGAAGGGCGGCCUCCAAGAACAUGGUUCAUCGUCAGCAUUAACAGCAUAUAUCUUAAUUUCUUUGCUUGAAUCUGGUGUUCCUUUGUCACCAUCUGUUGUUAAUGAUGCCCAAAAAUGUUUAGAAAAGGGAAUGAAUAAUGAUGAUCUAUAUACAACUGUUCUUACCACAUAUGUAUUAGCAUUACUGGAACAUCCAAAAGCUAAUUCCAGCAUGAAAUCUCUAAUGAACCGUGCUACGCGUUAUAAAAAUUUAAUUUGGUGGGAGGAUAAAUCGAAGCCUUCAAUCGGUUUAAGCAUCGAAAUGACUGCAUACGUGAUUCUUACUUUAUUGAAAUUAGGCGAAGAAAAUUUAAGUGAAGCUUUGAAAGCUGUUCGUUGGAUAUCAAAGCAAAGAAACUCUGAAGGUGGAUUUACAUCCACCCAAGAUACAAUUCUUGGAUUAGAAGCCCUUACGAAGUACGCUAUGAUUGUACACCAUAAUAAUAUCACAGAUUUAUCUGUUCUCGUCACUGCGUCCAAAGAAGUGGAUGAUGUUUACAAAUUGCAAGAUGAAAACCGUGUAAUUCUUAAACAAAUUCGUUUACCUAUUCUACCAACUAUAGUAGAAAUUUUUGCUCAAGGUGAAGGAUGUGUUUUAAUACAGAGUAAUCUUAAAUACAACGUUGCAUCCAGUACUGGUUCGGAUGCUUUCGAUCUUUCAGCAGAAGUUCGUUCUGUUGGUUAUGGAAACGAAUGCUCAUUACAAGAAAUUACAAUUUGUUCACGAUAUAAAAUGGCAGAUGAGGAGAGUAACAUGGCUUUACUCGAAGUUGGUAUAAUAAGUGGUUACGUGCCUGAUCGAGCAAGUCUACAUUCGUUAUUGGAUCCAUCUUCAAAAGUUAAAUUAUUCGAAGAAGAUCAAGAUAUUGUAACAAUUUAUUUCAACAAAUUGACUGGCCAAAAAACUUGUAUCUCGUUUAGAAUAAUACAAGAAUACUUUAUCGAUCAUCUCAAACCAGCGAAUAUAAAACUUUAUGAUUAUUAUCAACAAGAGCUUACUGUAUCCACUAAUUACAAAAUCCCUUCAAUUUGUAGCAGUGCGGAGCCAGUUGAUGAACAAUUAACAACGCCAAAUGAAAUGAUUAUUAUGAAGCAAUUAUCAUUUGAUGAAAGUCCUAUGAAUUCCUCUUUUGUUGUCAAUAACGCCGAGCUAGCAAUUCCUGAUGGAAUGGAAGGGCCAAUUCCAGUUUACGUGAAACUGAAUACUUAUGAUUACAAAACAGAAGCAGCUACCACUACUAAUGGAUUGCCUGAUUUAACAUCGACAUUCGUAACAGAAGAUCAAACUGUACCGACAGUACAGACAGAGGAUGAAGAACCUAUAAGGAUAGAUACAGACAAUCCCUCAAUAACGAAUCCUCUUAUGAAAGAAGUCUUAAGAAUAGUAAAAAUAUUAAAAAUUAACGAGACGAAUGUUCCGUCGCCAACAAGAAUAAACCAAUCUUGUCCCAUAUGCAUGGAUGUAUUACCGUCAAAUAUUAGCGAUAUUUAUUGCUCGGCAAAUAGCGCGGUUAAAGUAGCAAUUAGGCGAUUCCGUAAAGUGAGAUUAUUAUUGGAUUUGCAUAUAUCCCGAGAAGUCAAACGUCUUCGUGCCAUGAUAGAGUUCACUUUGAGCCCAAAUUGCUCCUGUUCGCCAUUAGAUAAUCCUGGAAGUUUUGCAUUAAUUAUAAACAAAGAUAAUGAUUUUCUUACAUCUGGGAAUCAAAAGCAAACAUUAAACGAUUCUUUUUAUAUAUAUGGUUUACCGUUAGUAAGUGGUGUGCCGUGCAAAUUGGCGGAAAUACGAGCAUCCUGUCUUAAUGAGGAUAACAUUCAAUGCACGUAUGAAGAUCCCCCUGCAUAUGGUUAAAUUAAAUUCGUAUCUAUUUAAAUUUUUAAAUUGCGUAAAAUCUUUAAAAUAUGUAAAUUUCGAUUUCAAGAACGUAAUAUUUUGUUUACUUUUUAUUAAUUUCGCGCAGGGUAAUAUACGUAUAUAAUUAUUUUUUUUUUUAAUUUUUUUAUAUCUACAAGUAUGAUGUCAAUUGUAUGCUAUAAACAAAUAUAAUAUAAGCUACGUAUAGUCUACGUAAAAAUAAAUAUCAGAUAUAUACCAGGAAA